UUCAGCUGCUUUGUUGUAGGUUUAAUGUAGGAUACUUAGCCGAUAUUUUUCUCCCCCCCCCCCUUCCUCCUUCUUCUCUCUUUUUUUUCCCCAGCAGCUAUUCUCCCUCCUCUUUUUUUUUUUUUUUUUCCCCUCCCCUUCCCCGGAAUCGCCAUGGAGGCCAACUGGACCGCUUUCUUGUUCCAGGCACAUGAAGCCUCACAUCAUCAUCAUCACCACCACCAUCAACAACAGGCUGCACAAAACAGCUUGCUACCACUUUUGGGAACUCCAGUUGAGCCCCCUGAUCAGAAGCCCAUGUUACCUUUACCUUUAGCACAAAAACCUCAGACUCCAACAGAACCCAUAAAAGAGCCAGUUGUAGUAAAAAAAGAGAAACCCAAAACUUCAUUUGUGUGUACCUACUGUAGCAAAGCUUUCAGGGACAGUUACCAUUUGAGGCGCCAUGAGUCCUGCCACACAGGAAUAAAAUUAGUGUCACGACCAAAGAAAACGCAAGUGUCACCAGUUGUGCCCCUCAUCUCUACUAUUGCUGGGGAUAAUAGCAGAUCAUCACUGGUAUCUACUAUUGCAGGAAUUUUGUCAACAGUCACAACUUCUUCCUCUACUACCAUUCCUAGCUCAAGCACUAGUAUCCCACCUAUGCCUGUGACUCAACCAGUAAAGAAACCCAGUAAACCAGUUAAGAAAAAUCAUGCAUGUGAGAUGUGUGGAAAGGCCUUCAGGGAUGUAUACCAUCUCAAUAGACACAAACUGUCUCACUCUGACGAGAAGCCGUUUGAAUGCCCAGUCUGCAAUCAGCGUUUCAAGAGAAAAGAUCGUAUGACAUAUCAUGUUCGAUCUCAUGAAGGAGGGAUCACAAAGCCUUACACAUGCAGUGUUUGUGGAAAAGGUUUUUCAAGACCAGAUCACUUAAGCUGUCAUGUGAAGCAUGUUCAUUCAACCGAGAGACCCUUCAAGUGCCAAACGUGUACUGCUGCCUUUGCUACAAAAGACAGACUCCGAACACAUAUGGUGCGACAUGAAGGGAAAGUGUCUUGCAAUAUUUGUGGCAAGCUACUUAGUGCAGCAUACAUCACCAGCCAUCUAAAGACACAUGGUCAAAGCCAAAGCAUCAACUGUAAUACUUGUAAGCAAGGUAAAAAGUUUCAAGGACAACUUCAUGAACUUCAAAGUCCAGUUCAUUGUCGAAUCAAAUAUGAAGCUUCAGACUCACUGUUUUGUGCUGUGGAUCAGAAUCAUAGGACCUUUUCAAUAGACACAAGUAGCAUGUGCCAAACUUCUACUGCAGCUCAGACACCAGUGACUCUCACUUCUCCGUUCAACAUUACUUCUUCUGUAGCUGCUUCGGGAACUUUGACUAAUCCUGUAACAGUAGCAGCUGCAAUGAGUAUGAGCAUGAGGAGUCCAGUUAAUGUUUCCAGUCCUGUUAACAUCACAUCUCCAAUGAAUUUGGGACACCCUGUUACCAUAACUGCACCAAUUUCAAUGACAUCUCCUCUAUCGUUAACCUCUCCAGUCAAUUUGCCUACUUCAGUCACUGCUCCAGUGAAUAUAGCACAUCCAGUUACUAUAACAAGCCCUAUGAAUUUGCCUACACAAAUGACGUUGGCUGGCCCUUUAAAUAUUGCUAUGAGACCAGGGGAGAGUAUGCCAUUCUUAUCCCAAGCGUUACCGUCUUCAACACCUUGGUAAAGAAUAUUUACAACAGUAUUAUAACACGUUACUGCUAAGUAUGAUUUGAUAGGAAGUCUGCAAAAUGUUUUGAUGCUGGUGUGUUGACGUUUGAGUUUGGUUAAUUCUCCGGUUAUACUUCAGCCUCUGUAUUUAUUGUCCUGCAUCACAUCUUUGUAUUCAGGAGGGGAGGUAAAUCAUUACGUCAAAGUUUAGUGUAGAAAAAAAACAUUUAGACUUUUUUUUUUUUAUAGCUAUUAAUAGUUUAACACUAUCAAGCAAACCCCUUAAUGUAAUUACUACAAUUUUAGAUACGGUUAUCACUACGAAACAACAAUGAUGCUGGUGGUUUUUCCUUGGUGCUUCUUAAUUGCAUGAAAUUUGCAUAAUGCAAAAUGUGUUCAGAAAUUCUGAAUUUUUAUUGUAGGAAUUAUGUUAGCAUUCCCUAUGGGAAGGGAAAAGCACCAAUAUGCAGAAGCUAUAAAUAUUGACUUUAAUAUACCUUUUUAAUUUACACAGUUCAGGUUUUCCACUCAUUAGGUGAAAUGAACAUCAUUGCUUUGUUUGUGAGCUCUUAUGGAGAUUCUGUUUAGGUAUUUGGAGGUGUAAAUAUGGUUAACAUUACCUAAAGGGAAUGGGUGUGUGUGUGUGUAUAUAUAUAUAUAUAUAUAUAUAUAUAUAUAUAUAUUACAUUACACAUGCUCAUAUACUCUACAGACCUGUACAAGCCCUAUUCCUCACUUAUUGUAAAGUGAUUGUGAAACUUCCUAAAAGCUGCAAUAAUCACCAUGAAAUGAAGCAAGAACGCCUGCCACAAAAACACAAAAAGAACUGUUCAAUAAUGGAUGCAGAAGCACAAGGAAAACCCAAAUAAGAGAUGACUCAUUGAUACCCCUUAAUGGACCUGAUGGAUUUUAAAUGCGGGGUAUAAAUUGUUCAAGAACUUUUGUAUCAUGUUGAAAUUCUUUUCAUUUUCUAACCACUAACUAGAUAGUGAGCCCAAGACCAGCUAAGGCUAUAUCUUUUUUUUUUUUUUUUUUCUUUCUCCAAGUGCUGUAGAAAUGUUAUAAUGUGUAAAUAUUGCAUAGCAUUUUUUAAUUUUUAUCCAGAACCAUUUUCCUUUUAGUAUCCUUUCAUUACUCAUGGAAACAGUGGGUUCGUGUUAGUGCUGGCCUUUCCCCCAUAGCACUUGCUUAUUGGUCAGAUCACAAACACUUAUGUAGACACACCCAUUUCUAAGUUACAUGUAUUUUUUUUUUUUUUUAUAUAUAUAUAUUCCCUAAUAUUAACUGUAUUGUAGAAACGAACAACCAAAACAUUUUUAAAAUGCUUUUUAGGCUAUCAUGUGACAUUAGCUUUUUGUUUUAGAUAUGUGUUAAAAUUUUAAUUGAUGUAGAGACUAGCAAACACCUGGGAAUCUGUGUUUAACAGAUUUCUCCAGCCUUUGGAAUUAUAGAGAAUAUUAAACAGAGACUCUACAUUACAGAAAAAAAAAAUAAAAUAAAAGUCCACUUAACAGAUUUUAGAGGAUAUUUUUUAUUUAUGCAUUUAACUCCUUUCUGCUAGAGAACUGUGUGCUUUUAGUCUCUAGCAGGAAAAGGGAACAGAAUUGUUUUUAGAUCCUGUAUUCUAAAAUUACUUCCUCUAUGGCAGUAGAAAACAAUGGCAUGCUUUAAAAUAAAAAAAAUUACAAACUUCUAAAAAGAGACAUCUAGAUAGGAAUAUACAAACAAUUUUAGGGGCUUGAUAUAUACGAAAAUAGAGUUCAGUUUAAAUAAAAUUAAUUUUAUAACUGAUCUUUUUUUAUUGUAGGACAUUAAUCUGUACAUCUUUUGUAUAUACACAAUCUUAGGAUCUUUCUGUUACGCAGGAAGAAGCCACAUUCCCACUCUUUGACUGUAUACGUUUGUUACAAUGUCCAUGUAAACAUAUGCCCCAUGUUUGUGCCUUUUUAAUUAGUUUGUCUCAAUAAACAAAACUGUAGAGAAA